GAUCUUAAGUCCUGCCCACUGGCUCAUCCAGUCACUCACUGAGAAGAGAAACUCUGUUAGAGAAACGCAACGAGAAUGGCAGACGCUGCUCCAGCCCCCGCUGCCGCACCGGCAAAGGCACCCAAGAAGAAGGCACCCAGGCCCAAGAAGACUGGUCCAAGUGUCGGCGAGUUGAUUGUAAAAGCAAUCGCUGCCUCCAAGGAGAAGAAGGGAGUGUCCCUUGCCGCUCUGAAGAAGGCGCUCGCUGCUGGCGGAUACGAUGUGGAGAAGAACAAGGCACGUGUCAAAGUGGCAGUCAGAGGACUGGUCACUAAAGGCACCCUUGUCCAGACUAAAGGAGUCGGUGCGUCCGGAUCCUUCAAGUUAGCCAAGAAGGCGGCCGAGCCCAAGAAGAAGGCAGUCAAGAAGCCAGCGGCCAAAAAGCAAGCUGCCAAGAAGCCCGCCGCAGCAAAGAAGCCCAAGAAGGCAGCAGCCAAAAAGCCAGCCGCCGCCAAGAAGUCCCCGAAGAAGGCUAAGAAGCCCGCAGCCCCCAAGAAGGCUACAAAGAGCCCCAAGAAGGCAAAGAAGCCCGCGGCUCCCAAGAAGGCAGCAAAGAGCCCGAAGAAGGCUAAGGCAGCCAAGCCCAAGGCAGCUAAACCUAAAGCAGCCAAGCCCAAGAAGGCAGCCCCUAAGAAGAAGUAAAUUCAUUUUAGGCUGCUGUUUCUCAAACAAAAGGCUCUUCUAAGAGCCACCCAAUUUCCUCAUUAAUUGCACACUUUCCAAUGAAAUGCACGCAUCGGUACUGUCUGAGAGUUUGACAUGAAUGAACUAGCGGUCUCCUGCCAAGCGUGAUUUGCGCCAUUUUUCACAACCAACCUCGUUCAUUGUUUGCAAAAUCACCGAGGCCCCACUCACGGCCCUGCCGCUAUUGCCAUGACGAUACAAAGGCUGAACCCAGCCAAACGCUACCAGUAAAUGGUUGGUUUUGAACAUGCACACACAUCUGUACAAGAU